AUGAAUCGCAAUGCACUUUUUCUAUUCUUCUUCUUGGCUUUGAUUUCAGCCAUCAACGCUAUGCCACACCAGUUCUAUAAAAGAACCACCGAGUUCAAAAAAUGUCAACCUCCUGGUAAUGAUGUUGAGGUUACACGGCUCAAGAUACGCGUAGUGCCAGAUCCUAUCGUCUCUAAUCAAAACGCUACAUUCACAAUCUCUGGAACUGCGAAAGUGGAUUUUCCCACAGGUUCUAAUACCAAACUUUCGAUCACUUACAACAAGAUUGGAGGAAUUGGACCCGUUAUAGGUGAACCCUAUUUUGUCGAUUUUUGCGGAGACGGCAGCCCUUGUCCAGUUAAAAAGGGAGAUAAAUUUCAUCGAACGGUUUCAGCCAAAGCGCCGAACUUACCUACCAUAUAUUCUGCGACAAUCCUAAUUAAUGUACCGGAAGUAGUAUAUGCUUGUGCAAUAGCUACAGUCGGAAUAUAA